UGCGCGAGACAGCUGUGUGAAAAUACCGCGGAGAAUUGUAUAAAAGGAUGAGAGUAACCUUCUCUUCAUCAAACCGUUUAGCAACACUGUUCAAUCAACAAUGAGAGCUUUUGUGGUUGUCUCUUCCCUUCUUGCUGCCUGUAAAGGACAGAUAUACAGCAAUGGUAUCAUCAAUGGAGUCUCUGCUUAUGCUGCUCCCUUGACUGUUUCCUCUUAUCAAGCUGCUGCUCCUGCUGUUCCUUCAGUUACCAGCUCCCAAUACCGUUCCGGGGAUGAAUAUGGAAACAACGCCUUUGGAUAUUCCAACAUCAACUCUGCAAGACAAGAGCAGGGAAAUGAUGCUGGAGUGACUGGGAGCUACAGUUAUGUUGAUGAGGCUGGAAGUCAUACUGUCUCCUACAUUGCUGAUGCUCUUGGAUACCGUGUUACAGGUCACUCCAACCUUCCCAUUGCUGCUGCUGGAUAUGGUAGACAUCGCAGGUCCAUUGGUUAUGGUGCUUCUCCUUAUGCUUUGAACUAUGGAGUCCCUGCCUAUCCUGCUCCUUUGACUGUAUCCACUUAUCAAGCUGCUGCUCCUGCUGUUCCUUCUGUCACCAGCACCCAGUUCCGUUCCGGGGAUGAAUAUGGAAACAAUGCCUUCGGAUAUUCCAACAUCAACUCUGCCAGACAGGAACAAGGGAAUGAUGCUGGAGUGACUGGAAGCUACAGUUAUGUUGAUGAGGCUGGAAGUCAUACUGUCUCCUAUAUUGCUGAUGCUCUUGGAUACCGUGUCACUGGAGCCACCAACCUCCCAGUGCCCGCCAGGGGCUACUUGCACAAGAGGUCUGUUGGCGAUUAUGCUGUCCCUAUUGCCACCUAUGCCGGUGCAGAAGCUCCAGCAAGGGAAGCUGUUCUUACCACCAUCCAACUGAAUCCUGGACAUGCUACCUUCUACAGAGUAGACUAAAACUAAAGAAACUGAUAUCCUACUCUCCGGGAAUUAAACCUACCAGUGCAAUAUACUUAUACAGGGGGAAACACAAACAGGGAGAAUACCAAACAAUCAUUGUUAACUGUGUUGAACAUAGUCGGUUUUGAUAAAAAUAAAUAAUAAAUCUCAAAUAGCAAA